GCUGGACUUUGUAUUUGGCAGGGAGCUUAGUGGAGCUGAUUGUCCUCCACGGGCCUGGGACAGAGAGGAGAAACUUUCUGAUUGUUUUUGUUGUUGUUACUUUAAGCCACAACCCACAUUUGCUUUGGGAGUAGAUAAAGCAGCGGAACAGCCGAAGUUCACUCUUCGGAGUUCAUAACGUAAACGGCGGUUCCUACGCCCACCCCUUUUUCCUUUACGAAACGGUGUCUUGCGAGACCCUCGCUAACCGCCUCAGCCUCUCGGGCUGCGCUCUACGCGGAGCAUUACGGCGUGCGUGCCGCGCCGCUGACCUCUGACCCGGAAGUUUUAUCCCCGUGCCGCGCACGUUGAGCCGGCUUUGGGCUGCUUUUUCUCCGACAGCCUGCAGUCAUGUCUUCCAAGAAGAACAGAAAGCGGCAGAAAGAGGGCGCGGAGGGCACCUCGCUCUCACUCUCUGCUGCCUCGUCUCGCUCGGGGCCCUCGACUCCUCUCGCCCAGCCGAACGUGGCGGCUCCGGGGAUGCUGGUGGUGACCAACUUCCUUGAGAAAGUAGAUGGCAAAGUUCCUAAGACAUUCCAGAAUUCUCUUGUUCAUCUUGGACUUAACACUAUGAAGUCUGCAAACAUAUGUAUAGGUCGACCAGUGCUCCUUACCAGUUUGGAUGGAAAGCAGGAGGUUUAUACAGCCUGGCCAGUUGCAGGAUUUCCUGGAGGCAAGGUUGGCCUGAGUGAAAUGGCACAGAAGAAUGUGGGUGUGAGAGCUGGUGAGACCAUCCGGGUCCAGCCUCUUUUAGGUGCUGUGCUUCAGGCUCAGGAAAUGGACUUGGCACUGAGUGACAAAGAUAAGGAAAUUAAUGAAGAAGAACUGACUGGUUGUAUUCUGAGAAAACUAGAUGGCAAGAUUGUUUUACCAGGCAACUUUUUAUAUUGUACAUUCUAUGGACGACUCUGCAAGUUACAAGUGUUACAAGUAAAAGGGACAGAUGGCACAACAUUGGGAAAGCCUCAGAGUACCUCUGCCACUGAUGCCCAGGGAAUGGCCUCGGAACAUUCUAGCAUGGAAAGCAGUGAUGUGGAUAUAUCCUUUCAGCUAAGCCAGUUAGAUCUGAAAGAACCUCAGAGCCCAGCAUCACAGAGUACACCCUGUAAACCCAUUAAUGACAGAACUAUGAAUAAAGCUGGUGAAGUUUUGUUGGAUGUCACACAGAGCCCUAGGGAUGGAAGUGGACUUGGACUAGAGGAAAUCACAGGUCUUAAGUGUAGUUUUGAUUCAUCCAAAGAAGGAAAUACACAACCUAUCAGUGAAGAGAAACAACUAAAAUCUGCUAGUGCAGGAGCAAAGAGCAAUACUGAUACUUUUUAUUUUAUUUCUUCAACAACAAGAAUCAAUCUUCGAAAAAUUUGUACCAAUUCAAAAGAACAAGACAGUCAGUUUAAAGUAACUUAUGACAUGAUUGGAGGCUUGAGCAGUCAGCUGAAAGCAAUAAGAGAAAUUAUUGAACUGCCUCUCAAGCAGCCUGAACUUUUCAAGAGUUACGGAAUUCCAGCACCUAGAGGGUUAUUACUCUAUGGUCCUCCAGGUACCGGAAAGACAAUGAUUGCUAGGGCUGUUGCUAAUGAAGUUGGAGCUUAUGUUUCUGUAAUUAAUGGUCCUGAAAUUAUAAGCAAAUUCUAUGGGGAGACUGAAGCAAGGUUACGCCAGAUAUUUGCUGAAGCCACUCUACGGCAUCCAUCGAUUAUUUUUAUUGAUGAGCUGGAUGCACUUUGUCCUAAAAGAGAAGGAGCUCAGAGUGAAGUGGAAAAGAGAGUUGUAGCUUCACUCUUAACAUUGAUGGAUGGCAUUGGCUCAGAAGGAAGUGAAGGACGGGUAUUAGUCCUUGGGGCCACAAAUCGCCCUCAAGCGCUAGAUGCUGCACUCAGAAGACCCGGGAGAUUUGAUAAAGAGAUUGAAAUUGGCAUUCCUAAUGCCCAAGACCGGCUUGAUAUUCUCCAGAAACUUCUCCGGAGGGUGCCGCACUUACUCACUAAAGCUGAGCUGCUGAGGCUGGCAAAUAAUGCCCAUGGUUAUGUUGGUGCAGACUUGAAAGCCUUGUGUAAUGAAGCAGGUCUGUAUGCCUUACGAAGAGUCCUAAGGAAACAGCCUAAUCUCCCUGAUAGCAAGGUCGCUGGCAUGGUGAAGAUUACCCUAAAUGAUUUCUUACAGGGGAUGAAUGACAUCAGGCCUAGUGCUAUGAGAGAGGUAGCAAUUGAUGUCCCAAAUGUAUCCUGGUCAGAUAUUGGAGGACUGGAAAAUAUCAAACUGAAAUUGAAACAGGCUGUGGAAUGGCCCUUGAAACAUCCUAAGUCUUUCCACAGAAUGGGUAUUCAGCCACCUAAAGGAGUUCUCUUGUAUGGGCCACCUGGAUGCUCAAAAACAAUGAUAGCAAAGGCUUUGGCCAAUGAAAGCGGGUUGAACUUUCUAGCGAUAAAGGGGCCCGAAUUAAUGAAUAAAUAUGUUGGUGAAUCUGAAAGAGCAGUUAGAGAGAUAUUCCGUAAAGCAAGAGCAGUAGCACCUUCCAUUAUCUUUUUUGAUGAACUUGAUGCCUUGGCUGUUGAAAGGGGCAGUUCUUCAGGUGCUGGAAAUGUUGCAGACCGUGUUUUGGCUCAGCUGUUAACGGAAAUGGAUGGGAUUGAACAACUAAAAAAUGUGACAGUUUUGGCAGCUACUAAUCGCCCAGAUAGAAUAGACAAGGCUUUGAUGAGGCCUGGAAGAAUUGACAGGAUCAUUUACGUGCCCUUACCGGAUGCAGCUACAAGAAGAGAAAUACUGAACCUGCAGUUCCACUCAAUGCCAAUCAGUAAUGAGGUUGACCUGGAUGAACUUGUCCUCCAGACUGACACCUACUCAGGAGCAGAGAUCAUAGCAGUCUGCAAGGAGGCCGCUCUCCUAGCUCUGGAAGAAAACAUUAAAGCUGACUGCAUUAUGAAGAGGCAUUUCACUCAAGCCUUGAGCAUUGUGACACCCAGAAUCCCAGAGUCACUGAGGCGCUUUUAUGAAGAUUACCAAGAGAAGAGUGGGCUACAUACAGUCUAAGAAAUACUUAUGUGCAUAUAUUUUCUAGAGAAAAGUUUGUUUCUAAAUUUUGUCUUGAGAGUGUUUACAGUUUCUUAAUAGGUAAAUAUUUGAAAUAUCCUCACUGGAGUUGAAGAGCCAGAAUGUUUUGAAUCAUUCGAGUACAAUAAACAUUUCUCUGGGCAUGAGUUCAAA